GCUUAAAGAAGAACUUUUGUCAUGAUUCUAGAAAUGUGUGCAAAGUAUUAUGUCUCUGAAGAAGAAAGCUCAGCAUGAAGUCACCAGGAUGUCCUUUGGAGACACCCGUGCCGAUAUAAAAGAAUUCUUAGACGGUAUCAACUUGGGCCAUUACUUUUUGAACUUUCAGGCCUUUGGUUAUAAUUGUUUGCAAGACUGCAUGGGGAUAAACAACAGCCUGCUGCAGCAGAUGGGGAUAUCUCCCACCGGGCACCGCCGAAGGAUCCUCAAACAUUUGGAAGUCCGGUUUUCCAAAAGGCAAGGCAAACCUGUGGAUGCCGAAAGUCACAAUUCUGACCUUCCAAAGUUGAAGGAAAGUGCAACAAGGGGCAGAAUAUCCGGUGAACGGACGAAUACACUCUGUGACAAUCAUUGCGUCUGUGAAGAAGAUCAGGAGCUUCCAGACAAUGAGUCACAGGAACUCAGUGGCUGCAUAUCUUCAGAUCUGGACCCUUCUAAUUCAUCCUGUAAGAACUCAUGCUGCUCGACAGAUGUUUCUGCCGUUACGGAAGAUGCAUUGGGGCAAGCGGUGUCUUGUAUAGAGGAUUCCGUUGAAAAAGAGCAGUCUGGACUUUUUGAUGUGCAAUUAGAAGAUGCUGCCAAAGACGAUUUGACUUCAGGUGCUUUCUGUUCCUCUGAAAUGAAGUCUGGGGAGAAAGAGCACCUGCUCUGUUCAGGACUGGGAAACUCGCCACGGGGUUGGCCGGACUCACCGUUCAUGGAGUUUAAAGGCGAAAUGGUGGAGAACGAUCUGUAUGGCCCUAGUACGCACAGUCUUAUGAAAGCGGCUCCUAGAACAACACGAUCUUUCUUGCUCAGGCAUCGGCCUGUCCCAGAAAUACCAGCCUCUUCCAAAGCUGCUGCUUCCCCAAGCUCCCUGCAAGACAGAAGAAACCUCAGCACCUUAAGCAUUCCUUCUUCCGAGAGCCUUCUUUCACAAGACGGUGAUUCCGCUGAGGAAAAGCCGCCUCCCAUCUCUCCAUAUGGCGAAACCUUUCUUUUUAACUCCGCAGAAGACGCUGAAAUCUGUGGCAGCGAACUAUCAAGCCUCCCAGAAAAGGACAGAGAUGAGAGAGGUGCUGAAAGGGAUCCCCUUCCCAGCAAAACAUGCACUCCUCUUAAUAAUAAUCAAACGCGGAAAAUCAAUGAAGAAUCAGUAGACAGCAAGUUGGUACCUGUUGAGAAGUAUGCCUUGCCGAACAAAUUCGUCGGUGAGCCAGAAUAUUCUACAGUCAAAGAUUGUGCUCGAUACGCACGAAGAGGGAAAUAUAAACCAUCCAAAACCAACAGAGAGUUGAAAACCGGGACUCUGGACAUCACAACAGUGCUGCACAUCUACUCUACCCAACUCGGCGGUGUUAUCGAUGGGUCUGCCAAUGGCCCAGUGCCGAGUCCCAGAGACUCAAUAGCUCCCUAUGCCUGUUUUUAUGGAUCAUCGAUGAAGAAGGUUAAAGAAGGAUGGCUGGACAAGCUGUCACCUCAGGGAAAACACAUGUUUCAGAAGCGAUGGGUGAAGUUCGAUGGCGACAGCUUUUCUUAUUACAACAAUGAGAAGGAAGUGUACUCUAAAGGAAUAAUCCUCCUGUCUGCUGUGUCUACAGUCAGAGGCCAUGGGGAUAUCAAGUUUGAACUUGUCACAGCACAUAGGAUAUUUGUGUUCAGGGCCGAAAAAGAAGAUGAAAGAAAUGACUGGAUUAAUACAAUACUUGGUGCUUUGCGGUUGCUGCCUGAAAUUUCCUGCACACGGAGCACCACCGCUCCUCCUGAGAAAAGCGGGUAUCUGGAACUGAAGGGAUACAAAGCCAAAAUCUUUACCUUGCUGCAAGGAAACCAUGUGUGGAUUUGCAAAAGUGAACAGGAUUUUAGAACUGGUUAUGGGAUCACUAUAAUCCCCAUGAACGUGGCUAAUGUGAGACAGGUCGACCGUACGGCAAAACAAUCUUUUGAAAUAAUCACACCUUAUAGAAGCUUUAGCUUUACGGCUGAGUCGGGAAAAGAAAAACAGGAGUGGAUUGAAGCGCUGCAACAGUCCAUCGCAGAAACUCUCUCUGACUAUGAAGUCGCUGAGAAAAUCUGGUUCAACGAAUCAAACAGGACCUGUGCCGAUUGUAAAGCGCCUGAUCCUGACUGGGCAUCCAUCAAUCUCUGUGUCGUCAUUUGUAAGAAGUGUGCAGGCCAGCACAGAUCGUUGGGACCCAGAGAUUCGAAGGUCCGAAGCCUCAAAAUGGAUGCCAGUAUAUGGAGCAAUGAGCUCAUUGAGCUUUUUAUUGUAAUAGGGAACAAGAGGGCAAACAGCUUUUGGGAAGGAAAUCUUCAGUCCAAUGAAGAACUGCCUGUGGAUGCCCCAACGGACAGGAGGCUAACUUUUAUUACGCAAAAGUACAAAGAGGGAAGGUUCAGGAAAACCGCUCUGCUUUACAAAACUAAAGAAGAGCUAAAUAAGGCCCUGUGUGCCGCUGUAGUUAAGCAGGAAGUAUUGGAAACCAUGAUGCUGCUGUUUAGCGGGGCAGAUGUGAUGUGUGCUACUGGCGAUCCUGUCUACAGUACCCCAUACUUGCUAGCCAAGAAAGCAGGACAAAGGCUGCAGAUGGAGUUUCUCCACCACAAUAAGUUUUCAGAUUUCCCUAAUUAUGAUACUCAGUCAAACAGUGAUUCCUUUCAAGAUUCGUCAUCUACCUUUCUUUGUGAAUAUUUAUACAAACUUUCAUUCAGCGCUGCAAAGCUCUUGACUGAGAGGAAAUUAAAAGAAGAGUGUAAUAAAAGGUGGUGUGCUCUGGAAAGUGGCUUUUUGACCUAUUACGAAAGCGAGAAGACUGCAUCCCCCAACGGGAUGAUUGACAUCGGUGAAGUCGUCUGCCUUGUCAUUCAUAAGGCAGACUCCUUUUUACAUGCAGGAGCUAUAUUUACCUUUGAAAUCUACUUACUGUCAGAACGUGUUUUUCUGUUUGGUGCUGAAGCUGCACAUUCUCAAAGAACAUGGACCCAGGCGAUUGCCAAGCACUUUGUACCCGACAUGGCCAGAUGCUUGCUGGGCCUGGAUUAUGAUAUUAUUGGCCAGCUCUAUUACAAAGACUGUCAUAACCUCGACAACUGGAAAAAAGGCUGGUUUGCGAUAGAGAAGUCGAAUCUGCAUUUCUGUGUAGAAGAUGCUCAAGAGGAUUUGAUACAUCUAAGGAGGCUUCAGGAGUUAACAAUCAGCAGCAUUAUUCAAAAUGGAGAAAAAAUAGAUGUUCUGCUUCUGGUUGAGAAAGGGAGAACAUUAUACGUCCACGGACACACCAAGUUGGAUUUCACAGUCUGGCGUAGUGCGAUUGAAAAAGCAGCAGGUACAGAUGGCAACGUGCUGGAGGAUCAGCAGCUCAGCAAAAACGACGUCCCCAUUAUAGUGAACAGCUGCAUUGCAUUCGUUACACAGUAUGGUUUGGGCAGUAAGCACAUCUACUUGAACAGCGGGGAUCCCUCGCAUGUCAGCAACCUUCUAGAAUGCUUCAAAAAAGACGCCAGAAGCGUGAAGCUGAGGGCAGGGACGAAUCGAGUGGAAGACGUCACGGAGACGCUGAAACGUUUCCUCUCUGAAAUAGAUGACGCCCUCCUUGCCAAAGAGCUCUAUCCGUUCUGGAUCUCUGCACUAGAUACCGUGGAUGAGAAAGAGCGAGUGAGAAAAUACAGCACUUUUAUUCGAACACUUCCACCAGUCAAUAGGGCAACGCUGGCAGCUUUAAUGGAACACCUUUACAGGGUACAAAAGUGUUCCGAAAUCAACCACAUGGAUCCUCACAAUCUCGCAAUGGCGUUUUCCUCGUGCCUGUUUCAGACUAAAGGGCAGACCAGCGAUGAAGUUGAUGUAAUUGAAGACCUUAUUGUAAACUAUGUGCAUCUCUUUGAUGUACACGAAGAGCAAGUGAAACAAAUGGAUAUUGAGAACAGCUUCAUUACAAAGUGGAAGGAUACCCAAGUUUCACAGGCUGGGGACUUGCUAGUUGAAGUGUAUGUGGAAAGAAAGGAACCAGACAGCAGUCUUAUAAUAAGGGUGUCACCAGCGAUGGAGGUCGGAGAACUGACCAGUGACGUAUUAGGAAUCAAGAACAUCACGCCCCACCGGGAUGACAAGUGGGCUGCUUUUGAAGUGAUUGAAAAUGGAGAACUGGAACGCCCUCUGCAUUAUACAGAGAAUGUUUUGGAACAAAUCCUCCAUUGGAGCUCUUUGCCUAACCCCAGUAGUGCAUGUCUGAUAAUCAAGAAGUUUCUGUCAGCAGACACAGGGAGACUGUAUAACGGUAUGUAGAGGGGAG